CCACGUGACUGGAUAGUACACGUUAGGGCAGCCAUCGUUUUACCUACUUCAUGUCCAACCCAAAAUGGGAAAGAGGUGGAAGGAUUGGAGAGGAUAGAACGAACAGCUUGGCUAUUGUGUUCAAAAACUCGCUUUUUCCAAUCCUCUCUGUAGGUUUUAUUGGUUAAAAACAAGAAGUUGCCAAGUCAAGGUGGGCUUGAACCAGGACCUGGCCUGAUCUGUUACCUGGCAACCAGUGACGGGGCACCAAUCCUAGCCUCCUGAUUGGCUGUGACAGAAGCAGGCUGUAGAGGUGGAGAGGAGGGGGCAACCGAAAACGAACUGCUUUGCUCCACCCCCCCCCCCACCCCCCCUUUUCCCCUUCUUUGUUUUGAGGGGGGGAAGAGGAGAACUCGGCAGGAGGAGGAGUGCUCUGUGGGCGCACUAACUUCACAGACGAGCAUGGGGCAGAGUGUUCCUGGAGGCAUAAAGACUAUUGACAUGAGGGAUCCGGCGUUCAGGCCUCUGGAGCUGGCAGCUCUGGACCAUAACAAGCCCUCCAGGCUGGACCUGCUGCUGGACAUGCCCCCUGCUGGACAGGCGGUCCAGAUGCAGCACUCGUGGAACAACAACGACCGAUCGCUCAACAUCUUCGUCAAGGACGACAACAGACUGGUGUUCCAUCGGCACCCCGUGGCUCAGAGCACGGAUGCCAUCCGGGCCUGUAUCGGCUACACCCGGGGGCUCCACGUCUGGGAGAUCAGCUGGGCCAUGAGACAGCGGGGAACGCACGCCAUCGUCGGCGUGGCGACAGGAGACGCUCCUCUUCAUUCUGUAGGCUACACCACCCUGGUGGGUAAUAACCACGAGUCCUGGGGCUGGGACCUGGGACGGAAUAAACUCCACCAUGACGGAAAGAACCUGCCUAGUAAGACAUACCCUGCGUUCCUGGAGCCGGAUGAGACGUUUAUAGUCCCCGACUCAUUCUUGGUAGUGUUGGACAUGGACGAGGGGACUCUGAGCUAUAUUGUGGACGGACAGUACUUGGGGGUGGCUUUCAGAGGACUCAAAGGGAGGAAGCUGUACCCUGUCGUCAGUGCUGUGUGGGGGCACUGUGAAAUACGAAUCCGCUACAUCAAUGGACUCGAUCCUGAGCCUCUCCCUCUGAUGGACAUGUGUCGGCGCUCCGUGAGGGUAGCUCUGGGCAGAGAACGACUGAGUGAGAUCCAUGGUCUGCCUCUACCAGCCUCUCUCAAGAAUUACCUGCUCUACCAAUGACCCCUCAGCACAACAUAGAACACAACUUAGAUCUGUGGACUGCUCCGUCUGUUGUCUCAGUACAUACACAGAACAUGCGUCUCUCUCUCCUGACUGCCCCGUCUGUUGUCUCAGUACACACACAAAACAUGUGUCUCUCUUGCCCCGUCUGUUCCCUCAGUACAUACACAGAACAUGCGUCUCUCUCUCCUGACUGCCCCGUCUGUUGUCUCAGUACACACACAAAACAUGUCUCUCUCUCGCCCCGUCUGUUCCCUCAGUACAUACACAAAACAUGUCUCUCUCUCGCCCCGUCUGUUCCCUCAGUACAUACACAAAACAUGUCUCUCUCUCGCCCCGUCUGUUCCCUCAGUACAUACACAAAACAUGUGUCUCUCUUGCCCCGUCUGUUCCCUCAGUACAUACACAAAACAUGUGUCUCUCUCGCCCCGUCUGUUCCCUCAGUACAUACACAAAACAUGUCUCUCUCUCGCCCCGUCUGUUCCCUCAGUACAUACACAAAACAUGUGUCUCUCUUGCUCUUUCUGUCUCUGGGAUUUUCCCCCUCAGGAGGGUAACCCAACCAGUUCAACAACACAUCACUCCAGCCUCUCGGUUCGAGCUCUGACUCAUCCUUCCCAGCCCUCAGGGUUGGUUUGUACCAAUCACACCACAGAGUGACAAGAACAUCAUUGUGUGACGCUUGGAGUGUUCAGGAAGCCGUGGAGACCGUGGUUGGUAAUGGGUCAAGUCAUUUUUUUUUUUUAUCCUGUUUUUUUUUUAGUGGUUUACUUCAAUCAUAUACUGAGAUAACCACGUCGAUGACAGACAUGACAUGCAGAGGACUUUGUGCAUAUCUUUGCUGGUCCUGGGGGCUUUGAGAUGCCUGCCAUAGUGGUACUACAAUAUGUCAGUCUGUGUUGAAGUGCAAUGAGUUUAAUGGUACGUCAGUCUGUUGUGACCUCAACACCUCUUAAUAGUGAUUUUGACUUUGUCUCUCUCCUUUUCCGUUUUGUCUUCUUUAAAUGAACAUUCAAUCAAGUGAUUGCUGUAUGACAUGUCCUGUUGGUAAAUAGUUGUUUUAUUGUGUUGGACUCAAACCCCUUCAUUUUGGUGGAGGGCCGUUGUGUGCUAUAAACAGAUAGGUUUGUUGCAUGCUGAAAGAUAUUUGUAAACAUUUUCCAAGCACAAGGUGGUGCCAUUUCUCAUCUUUACCAGUUGCUCCUCUUUUUAAUGGUCCAUCAGGAAAUAGUACUCGUUUUUAUGUACUUGAGAGAUUUUAUGACAUUUUCCUUGGAAGGUUUGUAGUGCUCACCUUCCCUCCCCAGUAGAUGCUGGUUGAUCUAGACCCAGACUGUGUGUGCCUGGUGAUGACCCAGCACGGACCUCUGUUAGUAAGGUGGUGAUACAACUCCAUUACUCCUGGAAGCACCAGCACUGCAGUUUGUCCCUCAAGGUGACCGUACACCUCCCCCCCCAACCUUUUAAAGGGACAGUUCACCCAAAUUACAAAAUUACAUUUCCCCCCCCCCCCCAUGACAUUGUAAGCUGUCUCUGGACAAGGACGGAGUACAAUCCAAGUUUUGGGUUCGUUUACCUAGAAUCCCAUAGACUGCUUUCAGGGUAAAAAAAAAAAGAAGUCUAAUUUUAUUUGGGUGAAGUGUGCCUUUUAACUCUGCUCUGCUAUCAGGUUUUCUCCCUGCAAUAUUUGAAGCACCUGUUAAAUGUACCGAUGUCCCCAACAGAUUUUUAUUGAAGAGCUUUUAAAAAAAAUAUAUAUAUAAACUGAAUGAUGACAUCGUUGUGAGAAUUUCUAACAUGUACUAGCUGUUUUGUCAUUGGUCACCAAAGGCAAGCCAUUCACUGUACAAUGUCCGUGACCCAUGGUCUUUCUCUCUGCUUUGGACCCAUAGACUGUUUUAUGUAUAUCAAGUACUUGUUUGGGUAUAAGGGAUGGUUAGGCAAUUCUAAAAUGUGUGGGGAUGUCAUUGGAAGGUGUGGGGUCUUUUUAAUUAUUUUUUUAAAAUGAGUUACCUAUUGUUUUGUUUUAGUUGGAAAGCAUAUGUUCAAACGGCAAUCUGUUUCCUGUAUAGUGGACUACUUUUUGUUUUAAAUGGGCAGAUGUAGUUGGCGUUGUGCUGAGCAUUGACUGCGCUGAUCGUUUUGUUUUUUUUCACGUUUUUUUCUUUCUAGUUUGCUCCUUUUUUUGUUUUUCUUUAUGUAGUAACUACCUAAUAAAAGUUUAUUUCUAAUUAUA